AUGUCGACCUCCCAAGGAGCAGUGAAUCAGAGGCCGUACCAACCGUCGUCGUCCAGUCGCCACUCCGCCUCCAUCUCUGUCGAGUACCAUCGUGCGAGUCGCCAGAUCACUCAGGAAUACGCCAACUUCAUUGCCGACAACGAGGCCCAAGCUGCGGCAGCGGCCAGGUAUCAGGACCCCUACACUCCUUCCAGGCAAGCGCCUGCCCCUCCGUCUGCGUCCAAGAGCGACGCAAGGGCCCGCAGCUCAGUCUAUAAAACUCCUGGUCGCAAGCAUAGCCUCCCAGCACCGAAGAGCGUCGACCGUGAUCCCUUCGCCGCCACCAGCGGCAGUGCCUCCAUGGCCACAUCUCCCCCGCCAGCUCGUCCAUCGCGAGCCAACACCGCCAAUCUGAACGAUAUGUUCCCCACUCAACGCAAUAUCGUGAGCCAACGCCUGUCCGAUCCUAUCAGCCUGCCGCCCGACACUGUCUUUUACGUUGACGAUCAGCAGCAGCAUCCGCAGCAACUGCAUCAGUCGCCGAUUCAGCAACAGUCGCCGUCCGAUGCGUACGAUGCGGAGGGCUUCCAGCAAUCACUCGGAUACAAUGCACCAAAUGUGCCCAGUCCACCACAAGCCAACUUGUCAGGGACGACGCGGGGGCGGAGCGGGACGACGAGCACGAAAUCGAGGAAGGGGGUCUUCAAUUUCAUGUCAGACUUGUUGAACAGCUCAAAGCGACCCGAGAUCAGUACGCCGUACGAUCCAGUACAUCUCACGCAUGUCGGUUUCAACUCAUCCACUGGUGAGUUUACUGGUCUCCCGAAGGAGUGGCAGCAGCUCUUGCAAGACAGCGGUAUCUCGAAGGUCGAGCAGGAGAAGAACCCGCAGGCAGUCAUGGAGAUCGUAAAAUUCUACCAGGAAGGUCGUGGCGAUACAUCAGUCUGGGACAAGAUGGGUAGCAUAGCUGCACCUCCACCCGUGCUGGCGCCUCAGCCGAAGCAGUAUGUCGAUGAUGGAUUCCAGAGUCCACGGACUGCCCCUCCGCCUCCGAAAAAGUCUUCCGUUCCCCACUCAUCCCAAGGCACACCCACCGCUCACCGUGCCGCACCGCGCCCUCCUGCACCACUUACCCCAGCCCUCGAUCGCUCCACCUCACAACGUCUUCCCCUCUCGAAGCCACACAAAUCUAGCGACCAACUGGCUCGUGCUAACACGACCAGAGACCGACGCUCGCCCGGGCCAGGUCAGCAGGCGCCUCUGCCGCCCGCAUUCCAAUCAAAGCCAUCGAAAUCGUCACCUGGGUCAUCCACAACAGAUCUUCAACUCAAAGCCUCGCCUUCGAUGCAGGAGCGCACUCAUGAAGUGCGCUCUGUUGCUGCCCAGCAGCCAAGUGCCGCCGCACAGAGCCUGCAGAAGGUUGCCGGCGCGACUCCCCGAAGAAGGGAGAAGAAGGACAAGGAUAAGGAGAGCGACAUCGUCAAGCGGCUACAGGCAAUUUGUACGGACGCAGACCCUACGAGGUUAUAUCGGAAUCUGGUCAAGAUUGGUGCUGGCGCGUCUGGGGGUGUUUAUACCGCGUACCAAGUGGGAACGAACCUUUCCGUUGCUAUCAAGCAAAUGGAUCUCGACAAGCAGCCAAAGAAGGAUCUCAUAAUUAACGAAAUCCUCGUCAUGCGUGCAUCUCGGCACCCGAACAUUGUCAAUUAUAUAGAUUCAUUUCUACACAAGAAUGAGCUGUGGGUCGUCAUGGAGUAUAUGGAAGGUGGCUCCCUCACAGACGUCGUCACCGCGAACUUGAUGACUGAGGGCCAGAUCGCGGCUGUAUCACGAGAAACGGCACAAGGUCUUGAACACUUGCAUAGACACGGAGUUAUUCACCGAGACAUCAAGAGUGACAAUGUCCUCUUGAGCAUGACCGGUGAUAUUAAACUCACCGAUUUUGGUUUCUGUGCUCAAAUCUCUGAUAACAACUCAAAGCGAACGACAAUGGUGGGCACACCUUACUGGAUGGCUCCAGAGGUUGUCACUCGUAAAGAGUAUGGGCCAAAAGUAGACAUUUGGAGCUUGGGAAUUAUGGCCAUUGAAAUGAUUGAAGGUGAACCUCCGUACCUCAAUCAAAAUCCCCUCAAGGCCUUGUACCUCAUCGCGACCAACGGAACGCCGACGAUUGCCAACCCGGAGGCGUUAUCGACUGUGUUCCGUGACUACCUUGCGAAGACGCUAGAAGUUGAUGCUGAGAAGCGGCCCACAGCAUCCGAAAUCAUACAGCACCCUUUCUUCAAGUUGUCUGAGCCCCUGCGGACGCUGGCGCCUCUCAUCAAGGCUGCACGGGAGAUUAACAAGAAAUGA